CUGUUAUCUUUAGGCGACGAUGCAUUCGCUGACCUAACAGAUGGUAGUGAAUCGAACUCAGUAGCAGGAGUUCUCAAGCUAUAUCUGAGGGAACUGCGAGAGCCUCUGUUUCCCAUUUUCUUAUUUGAUCAGUUCACCGACUGCGCUAAAGCCGAUUCUACACAAGAAUUUGUGAGGAAGGCGCGAGAACUGAUUGAGAAGCUGCCAGUGUCGCACAUUUUGUUGCUACGAUUCCUGUUUGCUUUCCUAUCGCAUCUUUGUGAAUUUGCUGAUGAGAAUAUGAUGGAACCUCACAACAUGGCAAUAUGCUUUGGACCCACAUUGUUACCUAUUCCAGAGGGCAAAGAUCAAGUAUUCUAUCACAAUUUUGUAAACGAGCUGGUGCGCAAUUUGAUACUUAAUGUAAACGAGGUAUUCCCACAAGACCUACCUGGACCAGCAUACGAUAAAUAUGCAGCGAUCGCAGACGAGGCAGAUCAUUUGGGUUAUAUGGAUGAUGUUGACGGCUUGUCUGAAGAUGAAGAUUGUUUACGGAAUGGUAUCGGUGGCGGUAUGUCGGCAGACUCUGCUCUCGCCGAAUCUACCUAUGACAUGUCAACGUCUACAGACAUCGUAAGAGAUGUGACAUCUUCGACACUUCAAAGACCACCAACUCCUGAAGAAGCGCUGAGUCAACCACCCAGCGUUUCGUCGAGAUCGUCCAAUCGAUCAAACAUCAAUUUGGAAGCGUAUCUGAGGAGAAUGUCUGAAGAUGUUUCGCCAGCGCUGAGAACCGAAAUGCCACAUCUGAUAGCGAAUGAAGCGGCAGCCAAGUUUGCAGCUAGAGAACGAGCGGCAACGGCGCCAAAGUCUAGUCCAAGGUGA